UCGUCGGCUCGCUCGCGAAGGUUCCAGACGCGCCUCGUGCGUUCGGCGGCGCGGCUCUUCCUGCCCUCCCGGCGCGGCUGCACUGCAGCGCGCAGGUGCCCGGCCGACCAUGGCUUCCGCCCUGGAAGAGCUACAGAAAGAUCUAGAGGAGGUGAAGGAACUGAUGGGAAAGACCACUAGAAAGAGAGUCCGAGAUUCCCUUACAGCUGAAAAGGCUAAGAUCGAAACAGAAAUCAAGAACAAGACACAGCAGUCCCAGAAGAAGCCAGAAGGGGACAAUGGAAAGCCGGCUGCUCUGGUGGCCCCCAUGACAACAGGCUACACUGUGAAGAUUUGUAAUUAUGGAUGGGAUCAGUCGGAUAAGUUUGUGAAGAUCUACGUCACCCUGACUGGAGUGCACCAAGUGCCCCCUGAGAACGUGCAGGUCCACUUCACAGAGAGGUCAUUUGAUCUUUUGGUAAAGAACCUAAAUGGGAAGAAUCACUCCAUGAUCGUGAAUAAUCUCUUGAAACCCAUCUCUGUAGAAGGCAGUUCCAAAAAAGUGAAGACAGAUACAGUUCUUAUCAUGUGUAGAAAAAAGGCUGAAAACACACGAUGGGAGUACCUGACUCAGGUUGAGAAAGACUGCAAAGAGAAAGAAAAGCCGUCUUAUGACGCUGAGACAGAUCCUAGUGAGGGAUUGAUGAAUGUUCUGAAGAAAAUUUAUGAAGAUGGAGAUGAUGAUAUGAAGCGAACCAUUAACAAAGCCUGGGUAGAAUCGAGAGAGAAGCAAGCCAAAGGAGACACAGAAUUUUGAGGCUUCAAAGUCCAAAUUUGGAAAAAUGUUGUACUGAUAUUUCCAGUAAGGAAAUGUUGCUGAGCUGCACCAACAUAUUUGUCAACAGUUUACAGUCUUCUAAGUAAAAACAAAUUCUUCUUUUCCUACUUAAGAGUUUAUUUAAAUAAGCUUAUUAAAUACUUCCUCCGUAGGUGGUUUCCAUGGUGUAUUAGUUUUGUUCGAGGAAGGAUAAUACUGCAUUCUCAUGGGAAAUGUAAAUAAACAAGCCUUGCCUAAUGAAAA